CCUGUUCACAUUAUUUGUUCUGAAUAUUUUAUACAAAUAAGUUUAAAAGAUAAGUGGUCUUUGUGCGAUUGAAAACUGCAUCAUGGAGAACCCCAUUCACAACCACCAUUAACAACUGACAACGUAACAUUAACAAACUUAAUAUAACCUUUACCAUACAAUGGUCGCUGGGCAUCGCGUAAUCUCUCUCGAUUCAAAUAUUAUCUACACUAACACUCCGAGUCUCUUUUAUCUAGACCAGUUUGUAUAAUCAACCCCCUUCGCGAACAUAACUAUUUUAGUGAAUUGAAAAUAAAAUUUAAAAAUGACUGCCAACUCUGAUAACUAACUCAUGGUUCAUAUAAAACAUUUGGAUAAGUAAAAUAGCAUCCAUCGACAAUGGAUAUGGAUCCUGGAAUUAUUUGUUUUCAACAUUGUGGAUUGAAAAUUUUUUGUUUUAGUCUUCCAGACAAAUGCCCUUUAUGUAAAACUGAUUUUACCUCGGGCGGGUUAAAUCUUUUACCAUUUAGGGUACCGUAUCCAUUUGUAAGGGCCUCUCAACAUCCAUGUGCAGUUGUAAUAAAGCCUACAGUUGGUGACUUUUUAAAUGAUUACUAUAACUCUAUGGAUCUCCAUAUCGGUGUGACAACAUCAUCUGGAAUUAUUGUAGAAUUUGAUCAAUGUGGAUUACGUAGACAUAGUAAUCCACUAUGGGAACAAUGUUUAUUGCUGGGUCAAGUACCAAUAUCAUGGCGUGAACAUUGGGAUUUAACACUGUUAAGGGUAUGCAAACAAAAUUGUUGGAAUCAGAAAUCAUAUGAUGAGAAACUGUUCAAUUGUUAUACAUUUGUAUUAACAUUUUUAAAAGAAUUAGAAUAUGAUCAAAUGUCAAUUGCAGCUAGGUGUCGAAAUAUAUUUUGUGAAGAAUAUAUUGUACCUCGUACAACCAUUGCGGGAAAGUAUAUAUCGUUAUAUAGGAAAUUGAAAAAAGAUGUCUGUUUUGUUGAGAAUAUGUAAGGAGCACAAUCUCAUUUGACUAAAAAAGACAGAAAAGCGCUCGUGUAGCGGAGGAUAUAAUCAUAACUGAACAGUAUAUAUGGUCCCCCGAUACAGCAACACCGUCAUUUAAGGCUAUUUGGGGUAUACUUUUUCUUACACAGAGAGUGUGCUUCUUACCUCUACCUUCCAUAUAUGCCACAUAUACACUAAACUUUACUGUUAAAGAUAUAAUUGCCUUCAUUUGACUCGGAUAUCUUGAUAUGAUAUUAGGGAAUUUUGCUGCAUUUUUUCUACUGCAAUAGCACACUCUGGGAUUAUUCAGAAUCAUAGUUCGCUUUCAUUUUUAUAGAAAAAAAAAGCAUUUGCUUUUUUGUACCCUGUAUAUAUGAAAUAUAUGUCAAAGUGUACCAACUUUAGUGCCAAGUUUAUAACACUUAGAAAUAUUGAUGAUCCAAACAAAAUUUUGGUAUAAUUGUUCAUAAAAUCAAUUAAUUAGUUCAUAUCUAGAUGUGCGUCCGUCUGUCCGUGAUACGAUGACGAUAAUUAAAACGAAAAGAAAUAUUUAUAGAGUGCUAAGGACUUAAAAAGUGUGUUUGAGCUCGUAAAUGACCAGCAUAGGCUAAUUGGGUCUUGCGUCCGUGGGACCUAUCUUGUAAACCGUUAUAAAAAAUAAACAACUUUUGUUUGAAACAUUGUUUCGAAAAAAUUUUCAUUAUUAACCCGUUAGGGCGUAAAAUUUUGAUGUGUAUUUUCUCCAAAACUGUAAAAGACAGGGAACUGAAAAUUUGCAGUAGUUUCAACUAGUGAUCUUUUAAAAGAUUCUCGAAUAACAAAAACAAAAUUUUAGACAAAUUAAAAAUAAAUGACAAAACUGCUUUUAUAAAAUAACGAAAGUCAAAUUGUCACAGGUUCUUAGGGACUAUUCAUUCAUUACUUAAGCAUAAUUUUGAUGAUUUUUGACUUUUCACCCUCUCCCACGUACGCAUACAUAAGAUUUCUAGAAUGUUAAAACGAUGUUAAAAAAAGGAUCAGUAAUAUUAAAACUAAGUUUGACGUAGAUAAAGAAUUUUAUUCUUUAGCACAGAGUUUAUAAUCGAAAGUAGAACUGCACGUUAAAAAAAAUUUGGCUAGGCAGUUUCAAAUGAGGUGCUAUAUCCGUGGUUGAACAGUAGGCAUCUGUGAUUUGACUGAAAGUAUUUUAAACAAUUUAAAAUAAUUUAUUUUAUAUUUUAAAUAACCACAUACUGAAACUUGAAAACUCAUGUAUCAAUUGGAAAGACUUCUCAGUGAUAGAUAUUAUUUAUUUCUAAUUUAUUUAAACUUAAAUGAA